AUGGUUUCUUUGAAAUUGGAUGGAUGUGAAAGUUGCAAGACCUUGCCUUCGAUUGGGCUACUAGGCUCACUAAAAAACCUCACCAUCAAAGGGAUGAAAAUGCUUGAAAAAAUAGGCUGUGAGGUGUAUGGGGAGAGUUGCUCAGAAUCUUUUCAAUUAUUAGAGACUCUUUGUUUUGAGAAUCUGCCAGAAUGGAAGCAUUGGGAUCCUUUUGAAGAAAACGAGCAUGUUGAAAGGUUCUCUUGUCUCAAAGAGCUUUCCAUAUCACAAUGUCCUAAACUCUCUGGAAGCUUACCUAACCGUCUUCCUUCAUUAGAGAAACUUGUGAUUAGUGAUUGUGAGCAAUUGGUGGUUUCGCUCACAAGCCUUCCAAUGCUAUGCUCUUUACAAAUAUUUAGAUGCAAAGGGAUCAUUUGCAGUAGCCAAACUGACUCCCAAAUACCGAAGCCUCUUCCUUUAUUGGAGACUGUUGUGAUUAAUAAAUGUGAGGAAUUAGGAAUUUCUCUCUCAAGCCUUCCAGUGCUCCGCUCGUUGGAAAUAAGUAGAUGCAGCAAAGCCAUGGUUUGCAGUAGCUCAAGUGAGUCCUUAAUUAGUGAAGAAUCAAAUAUUCCAGUGUUUAGAAGUUGGACCAAGGAGGGAUUUCAGAAAUUAGAAACUCUAGCAAUUGUUGGUUGGGAAGAGCUCACGCAUUUGUGGGGAAAUGAGAUUUUUCUUGAGAAGCCACUAAAAGGUUCCCAGAGCUUCAACUCUCUUAAAGAGCUAUACAUGGCAGCGCUUCCGAAUCUUGUUUUGUUUCCAGAUGGUUUUCUUUCCAUUCCAACAAAAGUUGAAAUUAGGGGAUGUAAUGCUAUCACAUCAUUACAAGGGGGGUUAAAGCACAACAAUGCACGUGUCAAGCACUUGAAAGUCGCUGGUUGUAAUUCUCUAUCAUUCAUUGUCAGAGGCCAACUACCUUCGUCUCUGAAAACGCUUUUGAUAAACAAAUGUGAAAAACUGGUGUGCAUUUGGGAGGAUACUGGUACUUCUUCUCCAUCUUCUUCUUAUGCAUUGAUGCACAAGGAAGAUGUGGAAUACACCACCACAUCUAUUUUCUGCAAAUUGGAAAUAUGUCAGUGCCCUUCUCUUACGCACUUAUCAUCGAUAUACCAGCUACCUCCAACACUCACAGAUCUUAGAAUUUGGGGUUGUCCAAAUCUGAGGGCGUUGCUAUCUGGAGGACAGUCACCUAAGGCAGAGUCAAUAGUGGAGAGUUUUGACAAUUACAAGUCUCUUAGAUCAGCUCUGGAGGGCCAAUACACUCUUCGCAAUCUUAACAAUAUUGAAAUUUGGAACUGCUUCAGUCUUGUUUCAUGCCGGGAAAUUGUGCUUUCUAACAAUAAUUCAGAAGUUAUUAUCGGUGAAUGUGAGAAGAUACAAGCGCUACCAAGCCGCAUGCACACCGUCAAAUCUGUUAAACACUUGGCUAUAUGGGAAUGUCCAAGCAUGAUAUUGUCUCCAGAAGAAGAUAUUCCCACCAAUAUAACGUCACUUUACGUUAAUGAACCCAAAAUCUACAACUCACUGGCUGGGUGGGGCUUCCACAGAUUCACCUCUCUUAGAAAACUCUUAAUUACGAGAUGCCCAAAUGUAGUGUCUUUCCCCGAGGAGGAGAUAGGAAUGAAGUUGCCAUCCUCUCUAACUGAAAUGGCAAUUACAAGAUUCCCAAAAUUAAAAUACCUAUCUCCCAAGGGUUUCCAAGAUCUCAGCUCUCUUGAAUGGUUGGGGAUCGAGGAUUGCCCAAAUCUCACAUUUUUGCUAGAUUUUCCAUCUUCACUUCUGCAUCUAGAGAUUGUUCGUUGCCUAAAUUUAACAUCCUUACCAGACCUUCCAUCCUCGCUUCUGACACUAAGGGUUUCUGAUUGUCCUUCGCUGAAACAACGUUGCAAAAGGGUUAAAGGACAAGAGUGGCCCAAGAUAAUCCACAUCCCUUACGUUGAGAUAGAUGGGAACUUCAUCCAUGAUCCAAAGGAAGAAGAAUGA